CGAUUGGGCUCUCUUUCAGCAGCCGAGUGACAGCUGGCGUUCAUGUUGGAAGUGACGACCUAACGACCUGACGACCUAGCAACGACCUUUCUUUGAGUGAGGCAACUUUUUCCAACUUGCUGUUUUUUCUUCAGCCUAUAUCGUCACUAGUCACUCUGCUAUACAAAUUGCUUCUACUGUUCUACCUGUUACUAAUGCUGAAGAACGGCUCGAAUAAAGCAAGUCCACGCCAUCACCAAACAACACUCCUCAUGGACUAGAAAUUCUCCGUUUCCGUUACCGACCAUGAUCUUGAUACCCCCCAUGCAAGAGAUACCCGACAUGACCAGCUCGCUAGCCGCAUGCAUGGCAUCAAACCCCUUGGACCCCGAGAAUUGAAUCAUACCACCCACACGCUCCACUAAAAGAACUACCCAUAACCUAUUCAGGUACCUAUACACUCCCCAUACCCGUGGUGUCCAGGCAUCAUGAACACCCAGUCUGCACGCAUCCUACCAUCUGGUGCCAUGUAGUGUCCUAUAUUGUAGCACCGCACAGCAGAUCCCCAUGAGAUCACCCGAUGAACCAAGCGUUGCCCAGUGGAUUGACUGGACUUCCCCAGAAGCUCAUGGCUUGAGAGCCUUGGUCAUGACCCCUGGACUUCUUUUUUGUAUUCUUUUGUCAUUUGCACUGAUUCAUUGGCCGGUCGUCGAGGAGGCAAGGAAUGAGAUUUCAUCACUCGGAGGUUUGUGUACACGGCAUGUCACAUUGAUUCCACGUUGGCGGGGAGGUAAGGAGGUCGGAGGUGGGGAAAGAAGAAAUAUUGGUAUUGGUAUUGGUAGGAGGGAGGGUACCUUCCUCGUACUUAAAUACUGCUCCUUCCCCAACCUAUCACGGAUCUCGGACAUCCAAUUGAAAUUCUGCCGAGUUGGUUUGGAAAUUUUGUUCAUGGGAGUUUUUGGAUAAAACUUGUUGGAUGUCUUGAUCUCAAUCCAAACAUAAUAUUUCUUCUCCCACACCACACACAAUGGGUCUCCUCAACGCCCUCACGCUGGCUAUAGCCUGCUUGUCCGCCGUGGAAGCAACACCACUGUAAAUCUCCCUCCCUUCCCAUAGCCUACCUCUUUCUCCCUCUUACUAACAAACAAAGAAAACGCGCACCCACCUUCAACUUCGACAGCGAAAAGGUCCGCGGCGUCAACCUCGGCGGUUGGUUCGUCCUCGAACCAUGGAUCACUCCCUCAAUGUUUCAACAAUGGGAAUAUGGCGGUGGCGUCGUCGAUGAAUACACCAUGACGGCUGCUCUGGGUAAAUCGGCGGCGCAGAACUAUUUGAAUGCGCACUGGGAUACUUUCAUUACUGAGGCGGAUUUCAAGGAGAUUGCUAGUUUUGGGUUGAAUCAUGUGAGGAUUCCAGUUGGGUCUUGGGCUUUUCAUCCAGUGGAUGGGGAGCCUUAUGUUCAGGGUGAGUGGUUUGCUCUCUUUGUUUAUUGGAAGAGUUGAUUUAGAAGUGGAGAAAUUGUUUACCUUACAGUUUUCAAUCCGAUGAGCUCGUAUUGGAGUUGAGGAAAGCUGCUAGGCCAAGCUAAUUCGAAAUCUCCCAUAGGCCAAUUGCCAUAUCUCGAUAGAGCAAUCCAAUGGGCUAGAAACGCAGGGCUACGCGUAAUGUUAGACGUCCACGGAGGUAUAUCCACUCUUUCGCCUCUCAACUUCAUAAAACCUAACCUUUUACCUUAUAGCACCCGGCUCCCAAAACGGCUUCGACAAUAGCGGAAAAUACGGCAAUAUAAACUGGCAAUCAGGAUCCAAUGUCCCCAAUACCCUCCUCGCAAUCAGAGCCCUCGCAGACCGCUACAAAGGGGACACCGACGUAUUAACUUCCAUCGAGCUACUCAAUGAACCUGCAAACUGGGGAAAUGACAUGGGCCUCGUGAAGAAAUUCUACUACGAUGGGUGGGGAACCGUACGAGAUUACCAUCCCACGACCGCGGUGGUUAUUCAUGAUGCCUUCCUUGAUGUACAAAGUUACUGGAAUGGAUUCAUGAACGCGGAUAGUGGCGUCCAUGAUGUGGUUCUGGAUACACACAUCUACCAAAUCUUUUCGCAAGGAGAAGUCGCCAUGAAACCAUGUCAACACGUUCAAACGGCCUGCGCUGCUGGACCAAAAGUCAAGGGAACCGAUAAAUGGCUCAUCGUAGGCGAAUGGACAGGUGCACAAACCGACUGCGCGAAAUGGCUUAAUGGACUCGGAAAAGGCGCACGUUACGAUGACACGUUACCAGCUUCCUCACAGGGGUACUACGGUAGUUGCGACAAGAAGUAUCAGGGAACUGUGGAGGGAAUGAUGGAUGUUGACAAGGUUAAUCUGGAGUAUUAUGUGGAGGCCCAACUGGAUGCUUAUGAACAACACACCGGCUGGGUAUUCUGGACUUGGAAGACGGAGAGUGCACCCGAGUGGCACUUUCAGAAUUUGACGCGCGCGGGUCUUAUUCCUCAGCCGCUUACUAGUCGGAAGCAUCCGAAUCAAUGUGCGACCAGUCAGUGUUUGAUACCGGGGAACUAGGAGAGGGAGGUCAUGCAUAUAGGUUGUGUGAGGGGAUCUUGGACGACCAAAUUAUGAUUUAUGAUUGAGAUGACAUUGAACAACUCGAUAUAACACAAAGAGAAGAGAGGAGCGGAUGGAGGACAAGCGAGAGUAAUUUGGAAUUGGACAUUGGAGUUUGCAUGGAUGGGAUGGAUGGAAUUAGCAUUGUUAAAUAUACCCCUCAUUCGCUUGGAGUAUUUUGGAUUUUUGGCACUGGAAGGGAAGAUAAGGGAAAGGAAUGGAGAAGUAGUAUGCUCCGUUGCAAAGUUCGGUAGUUAAUAGCUUGAGCAUAGCGGCAAUCGAAAAAACCCUGACAAAA